UACGAACGAUUGACGAUGACGAACGUUUAAUGAGCAAUAUUUAAACAAAUUAAAUAAAUCAUUAACGAAACAAAGUGUGCAACCCGGGCGCGCGCUUGCACCCAUAACAAUUUACGUGCAUUUACGCCAGCGGGCGACUUACAGUCGCGGCUCCGCCUCCCCAGACCGUCACGUAGACGUUCUGCAGUCGCCGAGUCGGAGGCCAUCUCACAUUUGACAGAGGCGUAAAGAUGACCGCCUCGGACAAGUAUACGUAUCAGCGGACUGUGCUUUGCUUAGCGCGCGUACUGGCAGGAAUCCAGCCCACGCCAUGGGACAAGGUGCAAACACUCUUCCGCUACUGCCCGCAGGAGAAUGCCUCAGGCGUAUUUUGUUUGGACUCAAGAGCACAGGAUGCUGUCAUUGCAUUGGGCAUCUACUUCCUGGAAGGCGGCUGCCAGCAUGAGUCACAGAUUGUGCCCUAUCUGCUGCGGUUGGCCAAGAGCCUGCCCAAGGCAAGAAUACAUGAUGAACGCAAUAGCAAAGUAGAGCGUGUGCGCAUACCCGCGGCAGAGAAGUUCAGCUUCUGCCUUAACACACUGCUAUCAGACAUAGCAGCCAAAUGUCCGGAUUCGCGUGAGGAGAUCAUACUUAAUCAGGUCGAAACGCUGGGCACGCUCGCCAACAUUGUCAAGCCCAGCAAAGACAGCAACUCGACACCACCGCCCCUUGUGCUGUGCAAUGCAACGGUACCGCUUCUGUUUGGUCUGGCGCGAUCCAUGGGUCGCUAUGCCAGUAACAAUCCGCCGCUGCUGUGUCGCAUAUUUCCGCCCGAACGGCUGCCCAUACAGCGUUCUAGUGCCGGCGGCAAUGGCACCUGUGGCGGCUCCUUUAGCAGCAGCGAACGACUCGCGACCACACAGUUUCGGCCGAUCAUACCGCGUUCCAUGUCAGGCAGUUUGGCCCACAGCCAGGUGCCAUCUGAUGAGAGUCGUAUACGUCCGAUAGGCGGUAAGCAAAAGCCAUCGUUGCAAAGCUACUUCUCGGUGCCGUACGAUCCGCGUACGCAUUUUUUCACACGAUACGGCUCCAGCUUCAAUCAGUUUCCCCAUAUGCGCGUCAAUUUAUGCGAAUCGCCUAGCAAAAGCGGUCCAAAGCCGUUGUACCGUGUGCCACCAUUUCCCAUACAGCAUUUGCAGACCAUCUUUGCGGUGUCCAAGAAGCUACUGACCAAGGACACGCUGGAGUAUUUGGAUGAGCUGGGCAGCGACAUAUUCUCGCUGCAUCUGAACAAUGGCAAUUGCUACAAGAGCUUCUCGGAGAUGCUCAAUCUGGUGCUAGUCACAUUGUUGCGCGAGCUGCUGCAGCACCAAGUCGAUCUUCCCACACCCUUCACCAAGGAUGUACAGGAGUUUGUCAAGCGUCUAUUUCUCAACGGCCAAACGGAACUGCAAAACAAACAACAGGACCAGGAACGCGAAAGGCGCGAAGAAAACGGCAUUGCAGUCGUCAACAAGUACAAGAUCAAUGUGAUGGCCAAUGCCGCCUGCGUGGACCUUCUGGUUUGGGCCAUACGCGAUGAGACGGUUGACGUCGACUAUAACGUGUCAUCCUUGCAAAAUGGCUUGCAUUUUUUAUUAAUGAAAGAGGCGGACAAACUGUGCGGACGCUUGUCGCAGAAGUUAAAUCUUGUUCUCAGCCAUAAGAUCGUGAUGGAUCAUAUGCCGCUGCUGAUGGUCUGUCUGGAAGGACUGGGCAAACUUGCCCAGAAGUUUCCCAACAUUGCGGGCACAUCGAUAUCGUAUUUGCGCGAUUUCUUGGUCGAUCCUAGUCCCAUACUGGGCAAGCUGCAUGCACAUGCAAUGCAAACGCUAGCCCUGCAGAAAAAGGAGAAGGAGCUGACGCAUUUCAAGAUUGUGGUGCAGCAUUCGGAUUCACGUGCGGUCGUCGACAUCUUUGAUGAAAACCAGAAGCAGCCCGGCACCGGACGCAGCGGCUAUGUGGCAUUUGAGGCACUGCGCGAUGCCGCCAUAGAGAAUCUAUCGAUUGCACUGCGCGCUGCCCACACGCUCGACCAGUUUUGUGUUCCCGCCCUCGUGGCAAAUGUGUCAAACCGUCUCUUCACCGCCGAAAAGCACGAGAGCGAAUCAACGCUGGUAAGCUUGAACAUUAUCGUGAUGCUGGGCCAUGUUGCCGUGGCGUUAAAGGACACCUCAAAGACCACACAGAAUAUACUACAGUUCUUUAUACAGCGCUUCUGCAAGGUUCCAUCGGAGCAGAACGCGUUAAUUGUUGAUCAGCUCGGCUGCAUGAUUAUCUCGCAGUGCGAGACGCACAUUUUCGAUGAGAUUAUGAAAAUGUUCUCACGUGUUACCGUACAGUCGGCAUCGCUGGCAUAUACUUCAGAUCCGGAGCAUCGGAAACAGUUCCAUCAUGUCUCCGAUGCGGUGGUCAAUGCGCUUGGCAACAUUGCGGCCAAUAUACAGGGCGAUUCUGAGAUGCUUGAGCUGCUGGGCAAAUUGUUGGAGCUGUUUGUGCAAAUUGGACUCGAUGGAGAGCGUUCGUAUGACAACACGCCGGGCGCCCAAAAGGCUAGUUCACGUGCCGGCAAUCUGGGCAUGCUAAUACCCGUUAUUGCUGUACUCAUGCGCCGCCUGCCACCUAUUAAAAAUCCGCGUCAGCGCCUACACAAGCUCUUUAAGGACUUUUGGGCCUAUUGCGUUGUUAUGGGCUUUACAAAUGCUCGCCUCUGGCCCGCCGACUGGUACCAGGGAGUGCAGCAGAUAGCAGCCAAGUCGCCGCUGCUCAUCUCGCAAACGGCACACAAAUCGGAUAUGCGCGAGCUCAACUAUACAUUGGCCAUUAAGAGCGAUUCGGUGAACGAGCUGCGCAGCCAGAUACUUGUGCUGCUAGAGCACUCUUCCGACAACGUAGCUGCUUCCAUUAACAAGCUUAGCUUUGCCCAAUGCACCUACUUGCUCAGCGUUUAUUGGCUGGAGAUGCUGCGCGUCGAGAAUGCCGAUGAGCCCAGCCUGGAGCCCAUUAUGAGCUACCUCUGCGACACGGCACUUCAAAAGGACAAAACUGGCAUUUGGCAGUGCGUCAAAUGCGUGGCGGAUCAGGUGUUCGAGAAGUUCCGCAAUGUGCUGUAUGCCCAUGAUGAGAUCAGAGAGAAGGUCUUGGAAUCACAGGCAACGCUGCUGUUGGUCUACUUCAAUCAUAUACACAAGCAGAUUCAAUUGGUGGCGGAUCAGUAUCUGUCGCAGCUGGUGGAUAGAUUUCCGCAUCUGCUGUGGAAUCGCCGCGUGCUGUGGUGCAUGCUGGACAUACUGCAGCUAUUGGCGUAUUCCUUGUCGCUGGAUCCCAACGAGGAGACUCCAACGCUUCGUGUCGUUUCGACGCCGUAUACGCUGCAGCUGAUGGACUCGCUGCCGGCGCGUGAGCUGCGUCUUAAGGAUUUUGCCGAUCGCUGUCAGGGCAUUGUGAACGAGGCUAUGAAGUGGGCGCCCCGCUCUACGCGGUCACACUUGCAGGAGUACCCGAACCAGAUACCCACCCCAGUGCUAGCCCAUCACAGCGGUCUCGCGCUGGCAUUUGACUCCGUGGUAAACAGCAGCACCCUGCAUCCGGGCAAUACAUUGAGCACGCUCAGCAAGCGGCCUAGUUGCGUCAACUCGGACACGCCGCGCUUCGUUUCCGUGCUGUGCCUGCGCAGCAAGUACGCUGGCGAAAUAAGCGGCCUUCUCUCCGUUCUUAGUGACCAAGACAAAGCCGGGCUGGCCGAUCGCCUGGUUAGCGAUGUGUGGGGCGCAUGUUCCGAGAAAAGCGAUGCUAGGCAUCGCGGCGCCUUGUGGCGAGCAACCGCCUACCUCAUCAUCUGUGCAGAGAUCGAUAGAAAACUGCUGCAUGCGGUGGCUAGCUCGCAGCUGGAGCUGUUCACCGAGUCCGCCAUGGAAACCGCUGUCGAGUGCUGGCAGUGGGUGCUGACGGCGCGUCAGGAUCUGGAGCUGUGCUUCAUACAGGAAAUGGUUAGCGCCUGGCAGACAACAUUUGAGAAGCGCAUGGGUUUGUUUGCCUGGGAAAUGGAGAUCACGCAUCCGCUGGCCGCAUACGAGGGCUGCAAGCUGGUCAGUAAGCCCAUGCUGAUAGCGCCGCAUCUGAUUUGGCUGCAGCUGCUAUCAGAAAUGGUGGACACAGCCAAAUAUUGCAAUCGUGACAAGGUCGAAAUGUUCUGUUUGCUUCUCCAUCGCUGCUUGCCCAUACUAAAGAACAGUCGCCAGAAUCGACAGGUGGCCACCGUUGGCUGUCGCUUCAAGCUGCUUCAGUGUGGCCUGUCGCUGCUUCAGGGCAAUACCAUACCAAAAUCUCUGGCGCGCAACAUACUGCGCGAGCGCAUCUAUUCAAAUGCCCUCGACUAUUUCUGCGGCCCGCCCACGUGCCCCAAUCAGAGCCGGGAGCAGCUGUUAGAGGAUAUACUGAUAUUGCUGAAGUUCUGGCAGACAAUGCGCAGCGAGAAGAAGCAUCUGGUUACAUCGGAGGUCGGCGACUAUGAUAUCACUAGUGCCUCGAUCAGCUCUACACAAAUGCUGGCAGUGCGCAAUAAUCCGGAGACUGCGUCCCUUAUCAGCGGGGGCGCUGACUAUGCACGGUCCAUGAGUGCCACUGGCAACACAGGCGGCUGGUACAACACCAUACCACAUUCCACUUCCACGUUGUCAAAGCGCUCGAAUCGCUCAAAGCGCUUGCAGUACCAAAAGGACUCCUAUGACAAGGAUUACAUGAAGAAGCGCAAUCUGAUACUCGAGCUUCUUGCCGUCGAGCUGGAGUUUCUCAUUACCUGGUACAAUCCCAACAGUCUGCCCGAUCUGAUAGUGCCAGGUGAGGAACAGAUUACCGAGUGGCGCAAUCGUCCAUACAAGCCAAAUGUUUGGCGUGAUUAUGCGCGUUUGGCUUGGUGUUAUAACCCGGCGCUGGCCGUAUUCCUGCCGCAGCGCAUCAAGAAUGCGGAGACCAUUGACGAGGAGGUAUCACGGCUGGUAUGCUCCGAUCCGAUAGCUGUGUGUCAUAUACCCGAGGCGCUCAAGUAUUUGUGCACCACCAAGAAUUUACUGCAGGAGAGCCCCGAUCUGGUCUAUAUACUGUCCUGGUCAGCGGUGACACCCAUCCAGGCGUUGUCCUACUUUUCACGGCAAUAUCCAUCGCAUCCACUAACAGCACAGUAUGCAGUCAAGACAUUGAACUCGUAUCCGGCAGAAUCGGUGCUUCCUUAUAUACCUCAACUGGUGCAGGCGCUGCGCCACGAUACGAUGGGCUAUGUGGUGGAGUUUAUUAAGAACAUAUCGAAGCGUUCGCAGAUAGUGGCCCAUCAGCUGAUCUGGAACAUGCAAACGAAUAUGUACAUGGACGAGGAUCAGCAGCAUCGCGAUCCCAAUUUGUAUGAGGCAUUGGAUCUGCUGUCACAGAACAUAAUUGGGUCCUUCUCAGGCGCCGCAAAGCGUUUCUAUGAGCGUGAAUUUGAUUUCUUUGGCAAAAUAACGGCCGUUUCCGGCGAGAUACGCUCCUUCCCCAAGGGCAUUGAGCGCAAGAACGCGUGCCUGGCGGCACUUAGCCGCAUCAAGGUGCAAUCCGGAUGCUAUUUGCCAUCCAAUCCGGAGGCAAUGGUGCUGGACAUUGAAUAUAGCAGCGGUACGCCCAUGCAGAGUGCUGCUAAGGCGCCGUAUCUGGCUCGAUUCCGUGUCUAUCGCUGUGGCAUUACCGAGCUGGAGACACGUGCCAUGGAAGUGUCCAAUAAUCCGAAUUCACAGGAGGAUGCACACAUGACGCUCGGCGUCGAAUCAUGGCAGGCGGCCAUUUUCAAAGUGGGCGACGAUGUGCGCCAGGAUAUGCUAGCCCUGCAGGUGAUCACCAUAUUUAAGAAUAUCUUUCAGCAAGUGGGCCUGGAUCUUUUUCUGUUCCCCUAUCGCGUGGUAGCCACAGCACCGGGCUGCGGCGUCAUCGAGUGUGUGCCCAAUGCGAAGUCCCGCGAUCAGCUGGGCAGACAAACAGACUCCGGCCUAUCCGAGUACUUCCAGCAUCAAUAUGGAGAUGAGAGCUCCAAGGAGUUUCAGGCGGCGCGCGCCAACUUUGUCAAGUCAAUGGCUGCCUACUCACUAAUUGGCUAUCUGCUGCAGAUCAAGGAUCGGCACAAUGGCAACAUUAUGAUCGAUAAGGACGGCCAUAUCAUACAUAUAGAUUUUGGCUUCAUGUUUGAGUCAUCGCCGGGUGGCAAUAUUGGCUUUGAGCCGGAUAUGAAGCUCACCGACGAGAUGGUCAUGAUUAUGGGCGGCAAAAUGGAGGCACCUGCCUUCAAAUGGUUCUGUGAGCUGUGUGUGCAGGCAUUUUUGGCAGUGCGACCAUAUCAGGAUGCGAUUGUGUCACUUGUCUCGCUAAUGCUGGACACGGGUCUGCCUUGCUUUCGUGGCCAGACGAUUAAUCUGCUAAAGCAGCGAUUCGUGGCCACCAAGAACAACAAGGAAGCGGCUGCCCAUAUGCUAGCCGUCAUACGUAAUUCGUAUCAGAAUUUCCGCACGCGUACCUACGACAUGAUCCAGUACUAUCAGAAUCAGAUACCCUACUAGAGUAUUAUGUGGACUUUGGACUUGGGAUUCGGUUUUGGGUUUUGGAUUUCUUGUUAGCCAAAUGCUGUAUUAAUUACAUUAUUCUUGUUUUUUUUUAUAUAUUUAUCUCUUUUUAUGUUCUUGCGUUUCUGUUUUGUAUUUAAUAGCUGUUAAAUUUUUCGAAGAUUUUACGAUGCAUACUAAAUCAAUUAUAGGGCAAUAUGUUGUACAAUGUAUUUGUUACCUACAUAUAUACGCGUAUACAAACAUACUUAUUACUUAUAUACGAUACUAACGAUAAAACUGGUCCUCGAGUUGUUGCGAGUUGUCCAGCAUAAUUCCAUAUACAGAACACACUUAUUUAUCUACUUGUAAUCAUAACCACUGUGUAAAUGUAAUAUCCAAAUUUUUUUCUCCGAGCUUCGGUGAAAAAAAAAAACGACAGUUGCGUUUAA